GCGUGCGUUUGGCCGCCGCCCGCGACAGAGGAACUGUGAGCGGGGACGCGGCGGAGACGACGAGACGCAGCUGAGUGGGGACAGCGGGGGACAGGGAGACAGGGCCCCCCUCACACACGGAGACAGGGGGACAGGGCCCCCCUCACACAGGGAGACCAGGAGACGCAGCCCCCCACCUCCCGGCUAUGCUGGACCGCAACGUCGGCGCGGCCGCGCGGCUGCAGCUGCGGAGCCUCGGGGUGCGCGUGGAGGCGGCGGCGGGCAGGAGGCCCAAGGGCCCAGCCCGGGCUCGCUCGGGGAAGAAGAAAGAAGAUUAUUCUCACGGGGGCUCACCAUCCAGUACCGAAUCGCUGGUCCCAAGGUUUGUCCUGGAAGCCUGUCGCUAUCUCCAAGACCACUUGGACACAGAGGGCAUCUUCCGGAAGCCGGGAUCAUUGUCCAGGAUGCGAGAGCUCAAGGCCCGGCUGGAGCGCGGCGAGGCCUGCCUGGCGGGCGCGACGGUGAACGACGUCGCCGGGCUGCUCAAACAGCACCUGCGUGAAGCGGCCGAGCCGCUGGUGCCGCGCGAGCUGCACUCACCGCUGCGCCGAGCGCAGCAACUGGCGACGGCGGAGGAGCGCACGAGGGCAACGCUGCUGCUGUGCCUGCUCAUGCCCCCCGCCACCGCCCACGCCCUGCGCUUCAUCAUGACCUUCCUGCACGCCGUGGCCGAGAGAGCGGAGGAUAACAAGAUGACGGCGACGAACCUGGCGGUGGUGUUCACCCCGACGCUGAUGCACGGCGGGCGUGGGGCCAGCCUCACGCCGGGCACACAACAGCUGCUCCAGCUGCAGGUGCUCACCGUGGAGACGCUCAUCACCAAUGCUCCUCGCAUCGGCCAGUGGCCGGAUGAAGAGGAGGUGGAAGAAGAUAACGAUGAUGCUGCAGGGGCAGCCUUUGGCAGGAAGGGCAGCGAGGACCAGUCGCCAUCCACUGGCGGGCGUGGAGACCAGCGCUCGCUCAAGUUGAACCGUCGCCGCAGCUUCAACGACGUCGUCUACGGAGCUUUGAAUCGUCUGAAAAUCAGCAAGACGCCUGUAGGCACACCUAAGGGAGAAGAUCGCGUGGGUCCGCAGACGCCUCUCACGGGGAGACAGAAGCGGAAAUCCUCCGAUGUCAGCCCGAAUCACGGCUCCUCCGACAAGAAGCGACGAGGAGACGAGGUGUGGGACUCGACGCCGCGUGGCUCGGGCCAUCUCGACCCGUCGCAGCCGAGCGCCGGAGACUCCAGCCGUUACGCGACGCGAGGCUCGGACGCUCCAUCGCUCGAGUCGGAUGGAGCCGCGGUCCCGCCCGGCGAGGCCACCACCACCACCACCACCCCGUGCGCGCAGCGAGGCGAGGGGGCGGCACUCAUGACGAGGAAGCGGUCGCGGAAGCUUCUCGGCCUGUCAGCACCCCACCCGAGCAGGACGUCAGCCAGGCUGAGGCUGCGGAUGACCAAGCCAAGAGCGGGAUCCGGAGACGGAGAUGGAGCCAGAGCCAUGCACUUGUCGUCAUCAUCGGGGCCGUCUGAUGGCUCGCGCAAGUCUCUGCGCGUCAUGCUGAGCCACUUGAAGGCUUUUGGCUCCGAGGAGCGCGCCGCUUGUUACCCGCUGAAGAGCAGCGCGGAAGUGGGGAGGCGCCUGGCCAACCAGCCUCGCCUCGACGGCGGCAUGGACACCCUCAGGAUCUUCCCGCAAACGCCACGCAGGAAACCGGCGCCCGCUUUCAAACCUCCCGUCGAGGCUGGCCCCGCAGGACUGAUGGCGCGGAGCGGAGGGGCUCAAGGCUCGGCGACGUCCGCGCGCGCGCCAGGCGGCGGUCACCGUCCGCCCUCCGUCCGCGCCGCAACUGCGGCCAGCGCAACCGCGCCCGGGAUAAGCGACCGGCAGAGCCACCGCGGGCCCCUCCCCGUGGCUGCCGCCGCCGCCGUCGCCUCCCCCGCGCUCUCCGCCAACUUGACCCCCGACCCCUGUUCGAGCGCGCGGCCGAGCGGCGGCUCGUUGUGCUGCGGUGGUGACCGCGUCGCCCCGACCGCUGUCGGGAUCAGAGGAACGUUUUUUGAAUCGGGAAACGAGCUGCACGCGCUGGCCUUCAAACGCAAAGGAGGCGAUCCAUCGAGGGCAGGCGGUGACUUUCGCAACUCCGAGUCUAAAAUGUCAAGCGAAGCUGAAACCGCAUUUGAAAAGAAUGCCGUCGGCGGGCGCCUUCAUCGGCCCGUGCCGGGAGACGACCGCCUCGGCCCCACGGCUUCGAAUCCCCGCACAACUUUUUACGACGGCCUUAACAGAGCCUGCGAUGCAAAUCAAUCGGUCGGCCAAGAUAAUUAUCAGCAGCACGAUAGCGAUUCAAGUUCGUUUUCCCUUGCCGUGCCGAUGUCUGAGGUGUCGGAGAAGCGUCUUCCUGCUCCCAGCUGCUCAAAUGCCAAUGGUUCAGCAAUUACACAGUUUUGCGGCUGUGGGUCCUGCGACUUAAAAGGGCAGAAAAAUCCAAUUUCAACUCCCAGCGAGAUUCUCAAACUUGAUACGUUUCCAGGCUACAAACACACCCAAGGUUCGCAGUGUGCAGGCGGUCGGCUUAUCCCCGCUGCUCUUACAGAAGCGAGUAAGCAGGGACUCGCGAGUGAAGUACGAAAACCAGCAAAAGGAAUUUCACGUGAAAGUCUGCUCUCGGAACCCGACUGGUGUUGGGAUGCAGAUGCCAUCAAAGCGUCCUCCAGGGCGUCGAGUUGUCGUCCCGCGGGCAGAACGGUGGACACCCUGUUCCGCUCAUCCUCGGCUGAGAUGGUCGGAUUCGGCCUUCAGAACCCUGCCUUGAGGCUCGUCAAAGCCUCAUCCGCGGAAGCCUGCCCUUCCGGCUUUGCCGAUGAGACGGGGCGCAGGCGGCCGCCACGGAUGACGGUCACCUCGUUUGUGGGCGCCCCCAUGAAACUGAGCGUGAAGUGCGAGGAACCUUCGCCACCAUCAAACCAACCAAACUCUCGUGGCGUUGACGUUCAGACCGUGACGGGGACUACGGGAAACAGCGAUGUGGAGCACGAAGCAGGCGGUGAAAAAGAAGCGGUGUACGUGGCCACGUCCGGACAGGCUCUUCGCAAUUCUCCCAGCGACCACGGUAAGGGGCGAUGCAACCCGGAAAACCGCGACGGAAGAAGCACAGUGCGGGACGUGCUUCUCCACAGGAGCGUCUCCACCCCCUCCAGGCCGGCGACUGCCCAGCGCGGCCCUCAUCUCAGGUCCGGGGCCGGAACGACGCGGGCUCUACCCAAGGGCGGCAGCGGCGGAAUCCUCAAGAGCGUAUCGUUCAAUGCCAAGGGGUCGCGGGCGUGUGGCCAGGCCCGAGCGUCCCCUCCCAGCCGGGCGGUGGAGACGAAGGCUGCCCCUGGGGGGGGGCGGCUGGUGCGGACUGGCAGGCCACUGCAGGUUCCACCCAAAUGCCCCGUGGCCCCGAUGCCCCUCGUGCCAAGCAAGGCAGCCUGGGAUGUGUGAGCGAGACGUCUUUCUGUCUGACUUGAGAGUUAAUGUCGCAACGUUCCAGUUUGCUCCCUUUCCCACCGUAUACAUUCAGAUUGUUGUUUUUCCAUCUAACAAUUUCUCCAGCUUUGUUUUAAUGGUGGCUUUUAAAAAGUGUUUAGUUGGGUUGUUUAUUUGCCUUGUUCGAAUGCAUUGCCCGUCAUUAGGCCUUUGAUUUGUGUAUUUGUCAGUCAUUUAAUAACUUUUAUUUCAUGGCACAAAGAGCCUUGAAAAUGUGAUCCGAGCACGGCGCAGCACUACUGGUACCACGUGGUGAAGUCUGGAUAGCAAAGCACUACUGAGGUUACACGGUGAAGUCUGCACAUCACAGCACUACUGGAGCCAAACGGUGAAGUCUGCAUAUUGCGGCACUACUUAAGCCACACGGUGAAGUCUGCACAGCACAGCACUACUGGGGCCAAACGGUGAAGUCUUCACAUCGUGGCACUACUGGGACCAUGGUCAAGCCUGCACGUUGCAGCACUACUGAGGUCAUUCAGUGAACCUGCACAUCGCAGCAUUACUGAGGCCACUCGGUGAUUCCUGAACAUCGUGGCACUACUAGGACCACACGCGGUGUGUGCUGUCUGGUGUCAUGUCCAAUUAUAAAGUAGGCCACGUUGAGUGGAUCGUCACUUUGUGGAGAGACUCGCAGCGCUCACAUGUGCCAGGCUACGGUUACACACGGGAAUCCGGGCUGCACCGCACGGCGUGUGCGUGCGUGCGUGUGUGGCCCUGUCGUUUCAGUGAGUGAGUGUGAGUGGUCCUGUCAUUUGAUUGUCUUUGUUGUGGUCCUGUAAUUUCAGUAAGUGAGUAAGUGUCUGAUUGUCUUUGUUGUGUUCCUCCCAUUUCAAUGAGUUGUGCGAGUACAUGGACACUGCUGGAGUAAAUAUCCGAGAUGUCGUCCUCCCUUCGUUCUGGGUUGCCGCGUAUCUCUGCGGCACUAAUAGGAAGCAGUGCCAAAGCCAGUUGAAUGAUUUGGUGCCUAACGCCAGACCAAAGUCAUUCGGUAUCAUUACAGUUCUCGGAAGCCUCCUGUUGCCACGACAGGAUAAGAUAACGCUUGCACGCGGCUUCCGUCUCAGCGGGCAGCUUUUCAACGUGUGGGGGCUCUUUUAUCAUCUGGGUAGAGCCGCAGAAUUCUCCAAACUCCUGCUUUCAUGAGCACAGGCAGCAGCCCCGUCAGACCCUCGGCUCCGCUUACAGAGAAAGUGAAUAAAUAUUGCGCCCUCGUUGAUUCAUUUUUUGUUGCUUUUAACUCGAGCAGUAAAACAUAUAAAAAUUUAACAUUACAUUUAAUGGGGUUUUUUUUUUUGGACUCCUGCAGAUUAAAAUAUUUCAGAGUCGUUCUCCGGGAAUUGAAAAUGCGCCACGUGUGGAAGGUUACAUAAGUGAUUUGAUGUGACGAUUGAUAUUUCAUCCCGUCCCGUCCUGCCCCAUAGAACGAGCGGGCCUCGCGCUUGCUGCCGCUGCUGCUGCCACCCACCCCACGUCCCGGUUAGAGGUGGCGACGAUGUUUGGGUUCGUCGGCGAUGUAAUCCCGACCUGGUUGUACUCUCAAACUGGUGGCGGGGGAAUUGCAAGUGGAGAGGCGAGGGGCUGUGUACUUGUGAGAAGAAACUCACGAGUGCACAAUCUGCGACUGCGAUCACCGAGACCGGCCUAAGUAGGUUUAUCGUGAUCUAAAAUGCCGCUGCCAGAUUUCUCACCCGUUGCCCAAUACGCCAAUCCAUUUCCCAAUCCAAUCCCGUAUCGAUUUCACGGUCACACUCGCCAUUUUCGUCGUCCUCCACGGAGAGACUGACGCCGGUCCACGGGAGGAUCUUAGAAGUGCGGUGAGCGCAAUCUUGUAAUUUAUCCAGGACUGGAUUGGGAUCUGGUGAAGAGAUUAGGAUAUUGGGUUGAAUGUGGUAAUGUUUAUUGUGGCAGAAACAUUGUAGAUCAUCUGAAGUGCUUUGGGGUGUUGACUUUACCGAAAGAACCAAAGAGUAAUUCUUGCAGUCACGAAAGCUCCAAAUUAAGUUUGUUGUGAGGAAGCCCAAGAGGAGAGAGUUGCAGGAGUGGAGUUGGGAUUGAACGAAGGCUCGGAUGAGAAGUUCAGCGGCAGACAGGGCGUUGUAGAUGGCGCAUGUGGGAGAUGUUGCGUAAGUGUAGGUUGGAGGUCCUGCAAAGUUGAGAACGAGAGCUCAGGAUUGAUGACAACUCCAAAGUUACGACGCGUGCACUGCCGGUGUGAUGUCGGAUCACAGGAGGUGCGCAGUCAAACUGGAAUCUUUGUCGAGUGUGGACUUUAUGCCAGUGAUUCAGCAUGGGGGCAUUUUUUAGUUUUCAGUAUAUCAAGCGUAACUAAUUUAUGGGAGAUUUGAAUGGAAAAUAAAUCACCUUAAUAAAGUUUAAGUAUAUAUUUGCUCCUCUUCACUAGACAAACACUUUGUGUGCAUCUCGCAUCUUCAUUUUUAACAACUUAAAUUGCACUAAACUACAAGAACCAAACAAAUUAAACAGAAAAUUAAUGGCUCGAGACGCGGGUGUUAAGUCAGCGAUUUGAACGCGCGCGUGCCGGGCAGCUCUGGUGGUAAUUGGCAAGAUUAAGCCGCGCCACCGUGAUCAAUUGGGAUGCUAGUUUUGGGAGACACACUCUGCGCGGCAGAGGUUUGACGGGAGAAGCCCGCGCUCUGUCGUUUCGCGUUCGCUGCCUCUUCGAGCGCUCGCUCGCCGCAGUGAUGGUGGUCAGGUUCCUGCCUUAGGCCCUCUUAGACCGUUCCUCGAAAGCGGCGGCUUCUCAACCUGUGGCCAGCGGGCGACCACUGGUUGACGGCAAGCCCGUGGGGAAGCGGUCCUCGGGACUGUAGCAGACGCUACCGUGUAGAAUAGGAAGUGUAAUGUUGAAGAGCAAACGAAUGGUGCGUGAUAGACAUUUCAAUGGUUGACAGCGACAGUCUGCUGGCCCAGAGAGUUCGGGAACCAAUUCCCUAACAUCUUGCCACGGUGGCGAGAUGUGAACUACUUCGCCUGAUAUAUCGGUCGUGGGUUCGAUCCGGACCCUGACGCCUAUAUAUUUGGAGUUUGCAUGUUCUUCCCGUGGUCGUGUGGAUUUUUCUCCGGGCCUCCGGUUUUUCCCUCCACAGAAGCACGCGUUUAGAGUAUUGGGCUGCUAUAAAUUUCCACGUGAUAAGCCACUUUGUUGAGCUAUCAUCUGUGGCCAGGUCACUUCUGAGCAAGAGCUAUAUAGCUCAGUGGGCCUUACCUGGUAAAAUAAAAAUAGUUCAGUCAAGGAAAAGGUUCCUCCUUCCAUAUCAAGACGUAUGUUGUGUCACCCUGUGAUAAGUCUCAAGUGAUAGCAUUCGGAAUGUGAGCCUUUACAUCGAUUUAGAGAGGGCAAUUACAUGGGCACGGUUGGUGAAAAAUAAUCCAACAGACAAUGUGUUUGACGUGUGUUUUGUUCUCACUGUUUACAGAGCCAGCCACUGUGCAAUGUUGCUGCUACGCCUCAUGUUGUUUAAGCACAUCGUUAAGCUAGAAAAAUUGCACCUUUAGCGAGUAUCCUUUGAGGUGUGUAACUCUUGGUUUUCUAUAUAUAUACACACACCACACACCCCGUUUUGUAAAGGGGAAACGCACUGUUAAGAAAAAUGAGCACGGUGGAAGUGAAGCACGAGUUAAUUGCGGUCGAGGGAUUUCACCGCGUCUUCGCCAAUACGUCACGUCCAAACGGGCAAACAGGUGUAUGUCUCGACAUACGUAGAACUUAUUUCCCACCGUACGUAGCCAAACCGUGCUAACUGGAGAUGGGAUGCCGUCUUCGCGCGUCUCGUUGCGACUCGGCGUGCGAAAAACACUGUGUACGAAGCAGGAAGACCUCGGGGUGUCAGAAGAAUCUCAUUAAUCCUGUCCGCCUGGACUGGAACUUUCUCCUUUUGAAAGCCAUCGCGCUCGCGAGGACGCUUCGGGCUCGUCGCCGGUGAAAUCGGGGGGGCGACUGUCACGCCUUUUUAUUGGGACCGAGAGAGAGAGAGAAAAAUAAAUGCCGCUGUAUUUUCAUUACACGGUCUGGCACGUGUGGUGACAGAUGUCAGCGAAUGUGAGCCGCGGCAGAAACUGGAGGUGUGAAUCACGUAAUUAGAAACAUUUCCAUAAUUGCGGUCAAUUUCAUCCAACUUUUAUUUCGAAGCAUUCCGCGUGUCACUUUUGCAGCAGCCCGAUAUUUACGGAUGUGUUUGACAUUUUAAAACGGAGUCUGUGUGCAACGUGUUACAAAAAAUAUAUCAUCCGCGAUGCCGUCUGCGCGUCUUUAUACGGUAAUUAAAUCGAGAUUUAUUUGCUUGAAAAAACGUUUCUUUUAAAAAUUAUUGAUGUAUGAAUCCAUACGCAAUCGUUGUACUGCCAUCUGAUCGUAUUUCCAUCAUAAAUCUAUGCGCGGCAAUAAAGUAGUUACCAAAUAAAUGUUGCUGUCAGAAUUGAGUCUGAAUA